AUGGGUGUGGGGUUUGUGAUUGGGGCGAGGAAAGGAGGAGGGAGAGGAGGGAGAGGAGGGAGAGGAGGGAGAGGAGGGAGCGGAGGGAGAGAGGAGGGAGAGGAGGGAGAGGAGGGAGAGGAGGGAGAGGAGGGAGAGGAGGGAGAGGAGGGAGAGGAGGGAGAGGAGGGGAGAGGAGGGAGAGAGGGAGGAGGAGAGGAGGGAGAGGAGGGAGAGGAGGGAGAGGAGGGAGAGGAGGGAGAGGAGGGAGAGGAGGGAGAGGAGGGAGAGGAGGAGAGAGGAGGGCGAGAGGAGGGAGAGGAGGGAGAGGAGGGAGAGGAGGGAGAGGAGGGAGAGGAGGGAGAGGAGGGAGGAUGA